AUGGCGUUUGACGGGCAAUUUUCAAAUUCACUGUUUCCCACAUAUCAGUGUCAGGCCAGUGGAAAUGUAGGUGGUGGAAACAAUGGUAGCAAGUUAUUGCCCUUUUCCAUCCCCAGUGUCUCAUCGCAGGAACAGGACUCAGCAUCCUACGCACCCUGGUCUCACAAUGCUCAUGAUGAUCCCUAUGGCCUUAUCAAGUAUGCCCAGAGUAGGACUAAAACCAGGAAACCCACUGAUAAUAUUGAUUGCGAUGGCGAGACUGAUCUACAGGGUCUAGUGUCAAAUAUUUUGGAUGAAGCAGAUUCAAAGGACAUCUACUGCAAUGAAGGGAGCCUACCAACAUGCAAUCCUGUCUGGUCUCCAAAGACAUUGAGAGAAGAACUGCUACAGUAUUUUCAAUCAGAGGCUAAAAUGCAAAAUGACCCGACCUUUCCCCUGAACUAUGUAUCCUGUGAGGCUUUAAGUAAAGCACAGGGACAGUCAGUGGCCAAAGAUGUUGAAGACUUCUGUCAGCAGUCCAAUGGUCUUGCUACCAGUCAACAAUGGCUGUUUAAUUUGCCUAAUGGAGAAAGAGACAGAUGCACCUUCCAUCCUCAGAAACCAUCACCAGGUCUACCAGUGCCCAAUAUAGGAAACACCUACCUGAGACAGAUGCAACAAAGCAAAUAUGACAACGCGCCAGCGGAUAAAGAAAGAGGGAAUAGUCAGACUUUGAAUAAUUUUCAUGACCUCAGUGAUGUCUUUAGGCCUCAAAGUGAAAUUAACAACCCAUGCUUUCAUCCUUAUUAUGAAGACCACUGCAUCCAGAGCAGCACAAAGCCCAUUAAUAAUUAUCAGUAUUUGCCACAAGACAUUAACCAACUGGUCAGCAGUUUUCAGUCGUUCAUGGCUGGUGAGCAUGAUAGCUUAUGUCGUGGAGACUUUCCAAACAUGCAAAGGCAGACAGUGGGCAUGCACCAUGAAGACAGCGUAGUUGAACAAUGGAAAAUCACCAGUCCUGAAAUGUCAACACAGGGUACUCCUGCAGUGCAGACCCAAAAACAGCGUGUGGGAGAAUUUGGGACAGUGCCGAUGCAAAGACACGGAGGAGUGAGGAACCAAACAUUUAAGUGUGAUGCCUCUCAAGAUCUACUUCACUUCAGCCCUCAAAACACAGAGUGCUCCCAGCAACCAAAGCCAUUCUCUGGAUCUUUCAACCUCUCAAACCAACACCAAAACAAGUUGACCAUGCACAGAGAGACCACUUCAUUCCCCAUUAACAUGAGUAUGAACCAGUAUCCAAAGCAUCACAUCCAGCAGAGACAGAUACAGAGCAAGAUGAAGCCACAGAUGUUUAAGGAAAAGAAGAAGACGCAUAUGUCCGGCUUUCUGGGAGAAGGCUUCUCUACGAGAUCUCUAAGCAACUCUAACAGCGUGGGAGACAAUAAACAGGCUCACUCACACUACCCAUACUUUGACCACUUGCAGGCUCAGAGAUUUGAUAGAGAAAGCAGCAUGGUCAUGCCUGCCAUGUGUCCUGUAAAUGACCCCAGAAGGCACUCCAGUGUGCCCAUCAACUCCUUUAACUUCAGCUCUAGCUCUACAUUGCCUUACAGAGGUGGUGCUCCUGGCAUGGAUAUGGGUGAUAUGAUGUCAGCCAGUGAGUCUGCAGCUUUCAACUCUUGUGUCAGUGACAUGAUGACCCGCAGAGGAGAGAAUACAUAUCAUGGCAUGGCCCCAGCUAUGGGAACGUCAAUGGCGAUGAAUCAAGGGGGAUCUGUGAUCCAUCUUAACUUCUACCUGGACGAGUGUUAUGAGCAAUGCAGGUGUUUGGAGAGGGAGAGAAAGAGGGCAGAGGCCGUCCUUACCAAGACAUUUCUUGAGAAAAGGACUGCAGCACCGACCAACACUAAAUUACCCAAAACUCCACCAAACCCAACAAGACUCGACCACCUCCUUGUUAAUCAGAUGAGAGAAGAAGCAAGGGUGGCAAGACUUCUGGAUAGAAUAGAGGGUCUGUACAACAUCCCCGUCCAUAUCAACAUCCACAUAGCACUGAACAACCAUCAUGUGGCUAUUAGUACCACCGAGGCGAGAUGCAAGGAGAUCGCCAACAUGUCCAAACACCAGUGGCGGAGUGCUCAUUUCACAGAGGACACUGACACCCUGUUGUUGCCCAUUGCAGUGAAGAACCUUGCUGCUACCACAAGGAAGCUCUCCACAGCCCUGUGGUGUGCUCUCCAGAUGACACUACCGAAAUCUGUCAAGAGGCAGGACCAGCAGGUUGAUAGGGAGGCCAAAGGCGCAGAGAGAUGCCCCUCUCAAAUUGACAGAGUCUCUGUUAAGAAAUGAUUUAGCAGACAGCAAGCAUGAGCUAAAGGUCUUGAUUAAAUUAAAACCAACCCACUCCCAUGUGCUGAUUAUAAAAUCCCCAUAGACAACAGGGUAUUGUAAAAACAAAUGUUAUCUGCGAGCCUAU